AUGAAAUACAUCCUUAGACACCCUUUAACUCGCUCGGCUGCCUGGCGCAGCCAGAGGACUUCAUGCAACCCUCGAUUCAUAAAUACGCUUCACCAACCAGGUGAUCCUAAAGUCGCCUCUCGGCGCGCGGAUGCACCGUUUCGUCUUGCUAUCAUAGGGUCUGGUCCGUCUGGGUUCUAUACGGCUUAUAGAGUACAAAGCAAACUUCCUACUGCGAGAAUUGAUAUGUACGAGGCGUUACCCGUACCCUUCGGACUCGUACGUUUUGGUGUAGCUCCGGAUCAUCCGGAGGUCAAGUUCUGCAUAAACAAAUUCGACGAAGUUGCGCGUCAUCCAAAUUUCACAUAUAUAGGAAACACCCCUAUCGGCUCAGAGUCUCUCCCAUUUUCAUCUCUCCUUCCGAACUACAAUGCAAUUCUCUUAUCUUACGGCGCUUCGAAAGAUAAAACUCUAAACCUCCCUGGCGAAUCAAUAUUAUCAGGCAUUCACUCUGCUCGUGCAUUCGUUGGAUGGUACAAUGGUCUUCCAGAGCAUAGAAAUUUAAAUCCAGAUCUCGAAAGAAGUGAUGGGAAAGCAGUGGUUAUAGGACAGGGAAACGUGGCUUUGGAUGUUGCGAGAAUACUUUUGACCGGGGUGGAUGAGCUCAGAAAGACUGAUAUUACAGAAUAUGCUCUUGAAGCGCUUUCAGGGAGUAAAAUUAAGGAAGUGGAAGUUGUAGGGAGAAGAGGGCCUUUGCAGGCGGCCUUUACGAUUAAGGAAGUUCGUGAGCUGAUGACCCUUCCUUCUGUUGGCUUCGAACCUGUCCCUCCCUCGAUAAUCCCACAAGACACUUCCACCCUUCCUCGUGCCAAAAAACGUCUGAUGGACACCAUAAACAAAGGCACAAAAUCCUAUCCCCUCGAAAAGAACUGGAAACUCUCAUUCUUCAGCUCACCAACCGCCUUUUUAUCCUCCUCUUCAAACCCCGGCCAAUUAUCACACAUAAGGUUCGAAAAGACAGCCCCCGUUGAAGGUACUAAUGGGGACAAAGUCGUUGGAACCGGCGAGCAUAAAGAUGUAUACGCAUCAUUGGCAUUUAGAAGUAUUGGAUACAAAAGUGAGCCUAUUUCUGGGAUGAUUGAGGCGGGAAUUCCAUUUGACGAGAAGAAGGGGGUUGUGUGCAAUACCUUGGGGAGGGUUGCAAGACCUACACCUGAAGGUGAUAUUCAAGUUCCGGGAAUGUAUACAACUGGAUGGGUUAGAAGAGGGCCAACGGGGAUUAUUGCAUCCACAAUGAUGGAUGCAUUUGAUGCCGGGGAUAAUAUUGUCAAUGACUGGCUAAGCGGGGUUGAGUUUCUAGGGGAGCAAGGAGAUGUAAGGAUGGGUUGGGAGGCGGUGAAAAGGGAGCAUUCCAAUAUAGGCCUUAAAGCAGUACAUUGGAGCGAUUGGGACAAAAUAGAUAAGGCGGAGAAAGAAAGAGGUAAGAAGAUUGGUAAAGAGAGAGAAAAGUUCGGAACAGAAGAGGAGAUGAUGGCUAUUGUAUAG